GUUUUGUUUGGACAGGACCAAAUGCAAACACAUCUGAACGCAAAGCGGCUAUGAAAGCAGCAGAGCAGUUCAUCAAAGAGAAGAAUUACUCAAGUAAAACACAGAUCCAGGUGCUGCCUGCAGGAGGCGAGACCACCCUGUUCAAGCAGUUCUUCUCUAACUGGAAGGACAAGGACCAAACCACUGGUCCUACCAAGGCCUACACCAUUGGAAAAAUAGCCCAUGUGGAGCAGAUUCCUUUUGAUGCCUCCAGCCUCCAUAACAACAAGGCCAUGGCAGCCCAGCACAACAUGGUUGAUGAUGGUUCUGGAAAAGUCCAGGUAAAUUUCAUUUUG